AUGGCAGCGACGAUACGAUGGCAGUGCCAUCGUAUCCUCGCCGCCCUCUCUCCCUCCUCCGUUAUCCUCAUCGACGACAAGGUCCUCCCCGACCCGAAGCCCGCAACGGGGACCGUAGAGUACACGGCCGGCCUCAGCCUCGCUAUCAAGGCCAUGUUCAACGCGCUUGAGCGCCGCGAGAUGCAAAUAUAA